UAUUUCACGGUUGAUGAACAGUUUUCUAGAUUACGAAUCUUGUCAGACAACAAUAUGAAUUCCUUAAUUCAAUUGAACAAAAUCAGGAAGUUUACAGACGAAGAAGAAAUUUAUCUUUUCACCUACAGAAACCGAUGGAAGUCAUUGACCAUGUGCAUGAAAUUCCUCGGUUUGAAAUUCGAGAAAAGGUUCACUCCACACAUAAUUUUCAUGUUGAUAGCAGAAAAAAUAUAUACAAUCUUCUUCAUCUACGAAAAUAUUAUAACAUUAAGUAAUUAUUCUUUUUCGUUAGUUAAUUGGAUCAUAUUUAUAUACUUUGUUUUUUUCCAUUUCGUAAAUAUAUUUUCUUUGUAUCAUUUUCAUCUGAAUAAGAAGAAAAUUACGGCGAAAUUAAAUAAUUUGUACGAAGUUUCUGGCAUUAGCAGGGAGACAUGCAUUAAGUCCAGAUCAAUGCUGAUUAAAGUCUGUUUAAUUUGGUUGAAUAGUAUCGUUUUCAAUGCCAUUGUUUGUCUUCAUAUCUCCGGAAAAAGAUUCCAAUUAGGUGUUAAAGAAGUAUUUCAUAUAAACUUCGAUGAUUAUAGAGCAGAUAUUAUUACAUUUUUUUCAUAUUUCUACGGCAACUUUGUCAUCCCUAUUCAAUUCCAGUUCUUGUUACUUUAUUUCUGCUCCAUAUGCAAAGAUUUCGAGUAUUCUUUCGCGUUAAUUCGUAAAAAUCUUGCCGAUAAGCGCACUCCGAAACAGAUUAACGAAGCCUCUUAUAAGUAUAUUCAGAUAUUGGCCAUGGUAAAUGACAUAGAAAGUAUUUACUCCCCCGUUUUAUUUCUGUGGUCGACUUCGAUUGUUGGAAAUGUCAUAUUUAUGAUUGGUGGUUAUUUACAGAGGAUGACGUCCUCUAUCGACAUGACGGACGUAAUAUCGUUUUUCUGUUGUACAGGAUUUCAAUUUUUAUUGUUUUCUAACGUUUGUUUCUCUUCGUCGAAUAUGAACAGAGAGGCCAAGAAGUUUGCAAUGUCCAUUUACAAAGCCUCGCUUUCUAUCAACGAUCAAGCCGUUCGGCAAUUUGCCUUUCAGUUUUCUAUGGAAAUUUUGCAAGAUUUGCCUAAUUUUUCUGCGUGGAAUAUGUUUUGCAUCGAUAACAAUUUUACAAUGGCAAUUUUUAGUGCCGUUGUCACUUACGGUCUCAUUAUAUUUCAAUUCUCAAGCAAGCAAUAACGAAAAGGAUCUCUCAAGUGGACAUCCAUCCUCACACUUCACCGUUGCAGAGAAUGUAUU